UAGACCGCAACACGUUUCGUUGCUCUUUCGGUAACGGCGUCGUUUGACUCCGCAAAGUUUCUAAUCGUCUAUAUUCUUUCCGCCGGCCGCAAUUUCUGCAUACUGCCCCGUCUACGCCGCCGGCAAGUGCCGUAACUGCAAGAAGCGAAACCGAGAACAGAACAGUGAACUACUCCAAAGUCCAAACCGAAGCUCUGAACUCAAUUUGAAAAGGGGAAAGCCAUCGCAGCUCACGCUAGACUUUCCAAACCACAGAAAUGUGUGGAGACGCGACGAACUGGGACGAGAGAGCAUACCGAGAGAACGGGAAGCCCAAACCCUAACGGUCUUUAGGACGGCGUGGGCACCUUCUCCUGAUCCCGUUCCAGACGCCGUCGUUGUAGCCUCCAGUGAUGGAUCGAUCGCUUCAUACUCUAUCUCCUCUUGCGCCUCCUAACUCCCAGUGGGUUUUGGCUAUGGAAUGGCUCAGCGGUAAGUACUUGACGAAGCUGGUGACUGUCCUUCUCCACAAUUUGCUUAAUCUUUGUGGUGAUGAUGGCCUUAUUCGAGGAUGGAAAUGGAAUGAAUUUACAGAAUCAGAGAUUCCAGUUUCCACGCAAGGAAAUCAUAUGGAGCCAGUGGUUGACUUGGUGAAUCCCCAACACAGAGGUCCAUGGGGUGCUCUUUCUCCAACCCCUGAAAACAAUGCUAUUGCUUUAGGCACUCAGGACGCAUCCAUAUUUUCUGCUGCUGGUGAUUCUUGUGCAUAUUGUUUGGACGUGGAGACAACUAAGAUUAAAAAGGGUUUUAGGGGGCACUUGGAUUACUUGCACUGUAUAGUUUCCCGCAACUCUUCCAACCAGGUUAUAACUGGUUCUGAAGAUGGAACAGCAAGAAUUUGGGAUUGCAAAAGUGGGAAGUGCAUCAGAGUAUUUGAUCAGGGGAAGGAUAAGAAGUUGAAUAGAUUCUCUACCUCUGUUAGAUGCAUUGCACUUGAUUCAAGUAACAGCUGGUUGGUAUGUUUUUGGGAAGAUACCACUCUAGUUUGAUGCAUGUUCUGAUAUGAUUGAUGAAGGAUGUUUGUUGUUGUACAGUGGAUGAGAGGGAGAUGAACAAUCAAUCGUGUUUCCAAUGUUAAAAAGUGUAAUGUUUUGUCUAGUAUUGCUGACAGUUAACAAGGCUAAUAGUUGAACAGGGUGGCUUACCAAAAUAUUGUACAUGUUCAUAGGCUUGUAGCAGUGGUCAGAGCUUAUCAGUUUGGAAUCUGCACGCUUCUGAGUGUGUUUCGAGGACUUCUACUAGUGCAUAUUCGACAACAACCAAGUAAAGCCAAGUACUAGCUGUUGGAUCAGAACCUUUCCUCAGUUUAUUCGAUCUAAAUGGGAAGAUUCUUUCACGAAUACCAUGCACUCCGCAGUCCGCAUUCUCUGGCUCUUUACAUUCAUCAGGGGUGACAGCAAUUGGAGGUUACGGCGGUCUUGUAGACGUGAUAUCCCAGGUUCGAAGCCACUACUGCACUUUCUGCUGCAGUCGAGCAUAAAGAGAGAAAGCGAGAAUGUCUACGAUGUCUUUUUAUUCGCAUCACCUCUAAGUUGCAUCUGGAAUCAGAAGUUGUCAGCUGCAGCAUUUGGAUCAUCCCAUGGUGAAAGCAGUUAAAAGGUGAGGAGGCAUUCAUAUAUGUUAAAGAAGUUUAGGGGGGAACACCACAGCAACAGGAGAGGUCUCUCUGUUUUCAAUUGUAAAGACGAAUUCGGUGUCGCUUCUUAGAACUUCUGUAGACAUAAUUUCUUUCAUCUUAACCCAAUUUGAUGUUAGUUAACCCUCUUAUCCAAUGAAUCCAUCUGGAAACAUGCUUUCAGAUUUCAGUGUUUGUGAAU